UAAAAAUAAAUUCAAAUUGUUUUUAAUGACUACAAAUACUUAUAAAUUAGUUAUGCUUGGUGGUGGUGCUGUUGGAAAGUCUGCCAUCACUGUUCAAUUAGUUUCUGGACAUUUUGUACAAAUUUAUGACCCAACCAUUGAAGAUUCAUACAGAACUUCUAUUUCUGUUGACGGAGAAAUGGUUUCACUUGAUAUUUUGGAUACUGCAGGUCAAGAAGAAUAUUCUGCUUUAAGAGAUCAAUAUAUGCGAUCAGGAGAUGGAUAUGUUAUUGUAUAUUCCAUUACAUCAACCACAUCUUUCUUAGAAGCCAAUGGAUUUAGAGAACAAUUAUAUCGUGUUCUUGAUAAGGAUGUAUCUGAGCAUGUUUCUAUUGCACUUUGUGGUAAUAAAUGUGAUUUAGAAAACGAAAGACAAGUAGAAACUGCAGAGGCUAAAAAAUUAGCUGACGAAUGGAAAGUGUUAUUCUUUGAAACCUCUGCAAAAGCUAAAAUUAAUAUUACUGAAACAUUCCAGGCGUUAGUUAAAGAUAUAAAAGUGAAUAGAGUAUCAUCAGAACCUACUGCCUCUAUUGAACCUACUGACACAAAAGGAAAGAAAGAAAGAAAACCUUCUAAAUCAAAGUGUGAAUUGUUAUAAACAACAUUAGAAAAUUUUGACUUAUGUUUUUAUUGAAAAAGAAUAAAAUUGAUUUUUUCUAUUAAUUCUUAUUCUUUUUUUCUUCGUUUUCUUAAAUAACUAAAUUAAUUUGACAUAACAAAAUAUAAUUAAAGCAAAUGUAAAUUUGACAAAUUCUGUUAUAAUAAAUUUUAUUCGCUCCAGUCAUCGUCAUCUUCUUCUUCUUCAUCAGAAGAAAUAUUAGUGUCUUGUCUUCUUGCGGUAAGAAUUCCUCUUAAUGCUAAAACAACCUCAUCUUCUUGGACCACUCGUUCUUCAAUUUCAGUUGCCUUUAAUUUACCUUGUUUAGCUGCAAUCAUUUCUGCUAAUGACAGAGUUGCACCAGAACUUGGUGUCAUUGUAGUUGUUGGUGAACUUGUUACGUUUAAUGUUGGAGGAGGUGGUGGUGGCAUGCUCAAUGUUGGAGGAGGUGGUGGUGGCAUGCUCAAUGUUGGAGGAGGUGGUGGUGGCAUGCUCAAUGUUGGAGGAGGUGGUGGUGGCAUGCUCAAUGUUGGAGGAGGUGGUGGUGGCAUGCUCAAUGUUGGAGGAGGUGGUGGUGGCAUGCUCAAUGUUGGAGGAGGUGGUGGUGGCAUGCUCAAUGUUGGAGGAGGUGGUGGUGGUGUAGCAAUUGAUGAUGGAGAGGAUGUUUUCGCACUGGAAUCUAACAAAGAUGCUUUAAACCUUUCGGUUUCUUCUUUUUCUUUUUUAAGUCUUUCAGCCUCUUGUUUCAAUCGUUCUUCUUCUUCUUUCAAACGUGCUGCUUCUUGUCUUAACCUUUCUGCCUCACGUUUCAU